AUGCUGCUUUACCGAGACUAUGCGUACUUCUGGAAUUCGGUGGACGUCCUGGUCGACGGCCGCCUGCAGCACGGUGAGAUCGUCAACCUGGCGGAGGGCGGCCUGAUCAUUGAUUUCGGGUGCGCCGGGCAGCGCUCGCAGUUCGUCGCAUUCGGAACGGUGUUCCGCUGCCUGUCCCGCUCCUGGGGCGAAGCACGCGGGGAUGCAGUGCAGGUUCUGCUGCGCCCGCACCCGGACGCGCCAUGGACCUGGUUUCCGGGGAAGACGGGUCCCUUUGCGGCCUUUGGUUUUGGGGAGACAACCUUCGUGCAAGUGCAACUGCCGCACGGCACCGUCGAAGAACUGGUCCGCUGGAAGCAAGUACGCCCAGCGUUGACGGACGGGGAUUAUGAGGAGCACCUGCGGGUGGUCCCUAAUGAGUUUGUCAUUCGCGCAUGUCCGUUGCUCGUCGCCUACAACCUGCAGCUCGGAGAGAUCCUGAAAGCUGGAUUCAGCCAACGCUACCGGGUAUUGUGCACGUCCCUGCUCAGCCAGACAUUGCUCUAUCUUCAGCGCCAGGAUGACACUCCUUUGACAGCUAAGCAAGUGCAAAAGGAAUGCGAUCUGGCGAUGGAAGAGCAGGCGAGAGCCUGUUCACUGCCAUCACGGCAGGUGUACACAGUUAACAAGAAGCGGACAGUUGACCGUCUGCCGGUGCCGGCUGAGCUGCUGGUGGAGAUCUUCCGGUCGCUGGAUUCUGUCCAGCGCGUUCGCUGUCGACGUGUAUGUCACGUGUGGAAUGCCCUUCUCACCAACGCGGCAUAUUUUCCCGAUGUGCGCGUCUCCGGUGGCGAUGCGGAUUAUGGUCCGCAGAUGUUCCCCACCGACGGCGUGUACUGGGUGUUAGAGUGCUUGUUCAAGUGCCUCACCAGCGCCACUAGGAUGAUGGUUAUUACCAGUCUGCCCACCUACAGUCUCCGGCACCUGGCGGCGCCCAUCAACCGCGUAUUCAACGCCGGCCGCAAACUUCCUCUUCUAGUGUUAUUUCAGUGCGUUCUGGGUGAUGAAAAUGAAUACGCCAAUGCUGUCCUGGACGAUGUAGCGCGCCUGGCAGGGACGUGGUCGUGUGAGAGGGUGCUGUGGAAGAAGUGUCGCAUCUUAUCCUACCUGCAAAGCGCAUCUGUAGCGCAGCAUGUGUUUAGCAUCCGGUCGCGGGAGGACGUCGUGGUGCAGCUGUGGGACUGCUUCGAGGAACAUCAGACUGUCCAGGAGCCGCUGGAUUUGCCGGCCGUGGCAAAAUGGAUCGCGGACUCUUUAGCCCACCAGCGGGAUUAUCAGAUUCAAGGCAUUUUAUGGGAGCUGAAUCACUGCCAGAGUCCGGAUCCGCGCCCGACUACUCACUACCGCGGGGUGAAGUGGACGGUGUCCAACAUCUCGGAUCUGGAUGCCAGCAAACUGACCACGCUGACUGUGACGUUUUUGAACGAGUGCAUGAAGCAUUCUCAAGAGCCUCUACCACUUACGAUUGGCGAUUAACCCCAUAUAUUGUACGAACUUGCUGUUUUACGCCACCCACUAUUAUUAACUUAUUCUUGU